GGGCGGAGAGGGAGGAAAACUUCUUCCUGGCCUGGGCUCCCGGCCGCUCCGUCUGCCAGCCCUGCGGUCCCGCCCACCGGCGCCUCCCCCGGCUCCCCAGUGUCCGCCAUGGCCAAAGCCUACGACCACCUCUUCAAGUUGCUGCUCAUCGGGGACUCGGGGGUGGGCAAGACUUGUCUGAUCAUUCGCUUUGCAGAGGACAGCUUCAACAACACCUACAUCUCCACCAUCGGAAUUGACUUCAAGAUCCGCACUGUGGAUGUAGAGGGGAAGAAGAUCAAAUUGCAGGUCUGGGAUACAGCUGGCCAAGAGCGAUUCAAGACGAUAACCACUGCCUAUUACCGUGGAGCCAUGGGCAUUAUCCUAGUAUAUGACAUCACAGAUGAGAAAUCCUUCGAGAAUAUUCAGAACUGGAUGAAAAGCAUCAAAGAGAAUGCCUCUGCUGGGGUAGAACGCCUGCUGCUGGGGAACAAGUGUGACAUGGAGGCCAAGAGGAAGGUGCAGAAGGAGCAGGCUGUCAAGCUGGCUCGGGAGCAUGGGAUCCGAUUCUUCGAGACAAGUGCCAAAUCCAGCACAAAUGUGGAUGAGGCUUUCAGUUCCCUGGCCCGGGACAUCUUGCUCAAGUCAGGAGGCCGGAGACCGGCAGUCCCAGCAUUUCGCAGCCGUGACCUGGAACCUCCCGGCGGCUGCCGUGUAGGCGCUCCGACGGAGGCACAAGGCCAGUCAAGCAAGUCCCUCCGUCCCGGCCCGCGCGACACCGAGCACUCCAUGCCUGCGGGCGGACAGAGGCGGGGCCUCCCCCAGGGCAGCCACCUCUGUUGGUUGCUCUGCUUUUUCACCUUAAAGCUCUGCCAAGCCGAGGCUCCUGUGCGGGCGGAGCAGCUGUCAGUGAGCACCUCAAAUUUGCCGUGCUGGCUGGUGGAAGAAUUUGUGGUGGCGGAAGAAUGUGCUCAGUGUUCUAAUUUCCAGGCUAAAACCACCCCUGAAUGUGGUUCCACAGGGUAUGUGGAGAAAAUCACAUGCAGCUCAUCUAAGAGGAGUGAAUUCAAAAGCUGCCGCUCAGCUCUGAUGGAACAACACUUAUUCUGGAAAUUUGAAGGGGCCAUUGUGGGUGUGGCCUUGGUCUUCGCUUGCCUUGUCAUCGUUCGUCAGCGACAGCUGGACAGAAAAGCUCUGGAAAAGGUCCGGAAGCAAAUCGAGUCCAUAUAGCUACCUUCCACUCUUUGAUAGGGGUCUUAGGGAUUGUACCUCGAACACAGACAGUAGAAUGAACGGACUUGUGCCCUUCAUUCUUGGGAAGUUGUGGUGGCACCUCCUUUUCUGUCUCUUGUCUAGAUCAUUAACGAGCCAAGUAUAGAAUAGUUUUCUUCUCUAUUAUAAUUUGGUUUGGGACAGGAAGUUCUGGUGGCAGAAAUGGAAUAGCAACUUUAGGCCCCAGUUUACCAACUACCUAUCUUCCCCUUUUUCUGGUACUUAUUUAAAAUUUUCAGGAUAUAAUUUCAGCAAAAAAGUUUUAUUUCUCAGACAAAACCUCUGUUUCCCCCAACCCUAACCCCAAAGAAAAAAUAAAAUUGCAGAUGUGUAACA